AUCAGAUUAAAUAUUAAUGGUUGGUGUAUAGUAUCUAAUACCUUUGAUGACGAUAGAUAUAAAAAUUCUUCAAGAAAUUUGCAAUAUUUUGAAACACUUGGUUCACUUCUAGAUAAUAUUGCAUGAAAUAAAAAAUUAAAUAAUUGUUUAUUUAAUGGAAAUACAUUUAAGUAAGGGAACUCUCUUAUUAUAUGAAACACCUUAUUCCUAUAUGAUUAUGAAUUCCUUAAGGACCAAGAGAUGUUCUUAUUGCUUAAUGGAAAAUGAUUUACAACAGUGUCUUAGUUGCAAUUUAUUUAAAUAUUGUAAUAAAGAAUGCCAAAAAAAAGAUUGGAAUGAACACAAACAUGAAUGCAAAAACAUACAAAAAAUAAGUCAUGAUUUUAGAAGAUCUAUACCAGCCACGGUGUUAAUGAUGGCACGAAUUAUAUACAAAAUUCAUAAAAAUCAAGUUUGCGGGCAGUCCAAACUACUUUAUUGCAAUAAAAAUGUCAAAUUUCCUGAAAAUCGAAAUUUUAACGAGUUGGUAAGCCAUUAUGACAACAUAUCAAGGGACCAAUAUAAAAUGGAAUGUUUGAAUACUUACACUCAGGCGUUGUUUAGAAUAUUACCCAAACAUUUAUAUGAAAUGUAUCAACAUAUAUUUAAAGAUAUUUUUUGCAAAAUUUUAAUAAAUUCAUAUUCGAUUUUGGACGAAGAAUUAUGCCCAGUUGCUCAUGCUUUAUAUAUGUGUGCAUCCUAUUUUAACCAUAGUUGUGUACCUAACACUAAUUGUAUUUUCAACGGUCCCAACAUAUUUAUAACAUCAGUUGAGGAUAUAACAUUAAAGCAAAAUAGUUCUUCAUUACAAAAUUCGAUAUUUAUAAGAUACAUUGAUCCUCUAGAAUCUUAUCAAAACCGGCGAAAGUCUUUGAUGGAAACAUAUUAUUUUCAUUGUGCUUGUCAGUUUUGUCAUAUACAUGACGAUCAUCAUAACCAUGAGGAAAACGUGCUAGACUUUUUGCCUAAGUCUACCCUAGAAAAUGAUACCCUAAACAUUAACACUAGACAAUCUAGCAUAACCAAUAAAUUUAUCGAUGAAUUAUGUUCAAAAUUUCAAGAAUAUCAACAGUCCAGCAUUUCCUUAAAAAAUUUUAAUGAUUUUUUCCCAUCUUCGAAUAAUGUUAUUUAUAACAAAAUAUUGUGGGAAAAAUUUCAACAUACACAUAUGCCAUUUAUUAAUAACCCCAAUGAUCUGACAACAGUUGCUGACACACAUCUAGUGUUGACCUAUCAGAUUGGUAUUGCUUUAAAUAGAGGAAACACUUUUCGAAAAUAUUACCCAAAAUACGAUAUUUCAAGAGCUUAUCAUUUAUUAUGGUUAUCCAAAUUGGCUUUGUAUUUGAAUGACUUAAGCAACGCCAAAAAUUAUGCAAAUCAAUGUAUGGAAAUUAUUGAUAUAGCAUAUCCUCUAGAAGCCGUACAACAUUUAGACAAUUUUGAAUCAAUAUUAUCAAAUAUAAAAUAUAAUUUAUCACACAUUCUGUCCCAAUUGAAUUUUUAAAUAAAUAAAAUUUUUAUUAGCGUCUAAUAAUUUAUCAUUCAUUUUCGUAUGCAUUAUAUAAAAUAUAAAUACAAAAUUUUACAUGUAAUGUACAAUAAAUUUCUUUCUUUAUUUUGA